AAAUAGGACGAGAAAAUAGAAUGAAAAUGUGUCCCAUCUUCCCCCACCCUACCAUAUAAUUAUACAAUAGGGCGACAUUGAGGUUAAAGGGAUAUUAAAUUUACAUGUUGACGCUCAAAAUACAAUUCGCCCAAUAUUCAGUUUAUUUUGUUUGUUUUCACUUUUUCUUCUCUCUAACAAACGACCGAAGGCAACACCAACACAAGCAUUACACAUACAUUACACGUCGUUAUAGUUACGCUAUACGACGUUUCUUCGUUUUCUGUUACACAUUAUGACAACACAAGCGUUGUCUGCUGUUUUGACGUUUAGUGUCGAAUAUAUCAUGUUUAUCGAAUCGUACGUUCGCGUAUUGAUGAAAUCAUACAUUCACAUUUUGUUUUGCUGUUUCUAUUACGGCCUGCAGUGAUAGAAGGUUUUCUGAACGAGUCGUUUUUUUAGUUUUAGUGUAUUGUUUUCAGCAUAAAAGGGCUCUAAUGUUUGUUCUAUAAUGUGUAUAAUAAAGGGCGGGUCUGCUUUUAUGUGUAUACGUUUUUUGGUACUACUAUUUUGUGUUAAAACCGUUUUGUUCUUGUGCAAAAUUACAGUUUGCAUUGUGUUUUAUCGAGGACGUUGUCUCACGAACAUUGGCAGAUAUUUCCAAUAGAAUAGAAACGUUGUUGUUUUAAUUAAAUGGACUUCGACUUUAUGCGGGGUAUGUCCCCUUGUUUCCAUGUAAACGGGAAUAAUAUUGACGUUAUCGAAACACCCUGUGAUUUCUAUGAUGCUUUGGUGCUGGGUGCAAAUUCUGCCAAAACUAGAAUCGCUCUGGCAGCACUGUAUCUCGGCACAGGAGAAUUAGAAACACUUUUCGUUGAUUCACUACAUCGAGCUCUGGAGCGACGUCUAUCGGAUUCCGAGUUUUUAGAACUUGACGUGUUGCUGGAUUUUGUUAAAGGUCAACGUGGAGAAACCAACUCGCUUACGAUGCUAAAACCUUUGGCGGGCUUCUCAAACAAAGUCUGCAUAUCUUUAUUUCGAUCCCCGAUGUUUCGCGGGCUUUGGAAGCGUCUUCUUCCGGCAAGAUCGAACGAAAUCCUUGGCCUUUUUCAUAUAAAGGUUUUUGUAUUCGACAAUGACGUCAUCGUAUCUGGAGCCAACCUAAGCGGCCAAUAUUUUAGAAACCGACAAGAUCGUUACUACAAAAUUAAGGGGUCAAAGAACCUGGCUGAUUACUUUCAAGGCUUGAUCAAAACAAUAUCGUUAUUUUCCUACCAUUUACAAACUGAUGGCAGUCUCAUAUUUUCGCCUUCAUGCUCUUAUAACCCGGACGUGCAACCUGGACUUUAUGAUACAGAGCUCCGUAACAGCUUGCUUCAGUUUACAGGACCAUAUAAUGUACCGAAACGAGCAAAUUCUACACCACGGUCUAUCUUCAUUGCCCCAGCGAAUUUCUGGGCCUACAUUCGACAAUUUGGUUUGAACAUCAAACAAACCGACAAAACAAACGAAGAAGAUUUUGUUGAACUUCAUCACCAUGACGAUCGUGACGUAGAAGACACUUUAAUUUUUCCCACAAUUCAACUCGGUUGUGUCAACAUCCGGCAAGAUGAGGAAGUGACGAACAUGAUGCUUGCAUCAUUUCCGGCAAAUUCCCGUGCGUGUAUCACUUCCGGUUACUUCAACGUCACUGAUGACGUGACCGCUAUGAUCGCUGGAGGCGUUGCAACGUUUGAGAUUAUUACCGCUUCCCCGGGGGCUAACGGGUUUCUCGGGUCCGGGGUUUUUUCUGGUUACAUGCCGCAAAUGUAUUGUUCUCUUGUGAAAAACUUCUUCGAGCUGUUGGUCAAAACUGGUCGCUCGUGUAAAGUGAAGCUCUGGGAGUAUUGCCGAAAAGACUGGACCUACCACGCGAAAGGAAUCUGGUAUUACCCACCGAAUGCACUGUUUCCACAACUCACAGCUAUCGGUUCUUCAAAUUUGGCGAUACGAUCAAUGCAGCGAGACCUAGAAGCUCAACUCUAUAUUGUGACUUAUAACGAGAAGUUAAUGAAAAAAAUGCACAAGGAAAAAUGUUUGAUAAUGAACGAAUCGUCGCUUAUUACAAAUGAAACUUUUAAGGAAUCGAGAUACAAUGUGUCUGCAUGGGUUACAAGUGUUAUAGAUAUUGUGAAGCGUUACUGCUGAGAAAUAUAUUCGAUUCUUCUACGACACCUAGCGUCGAAAUUACGUCAUCGGAAAUGACGACAAGUUCUUGCAACGUCAUUAGACCAAUAACGUCACAGGCAGCUUUACUAUACUUUUCAUUCAUAAGUUUAUUGUUCUGUAUUUUGUAAAUUUGAAAUAAUGAACGAUUAAUUUAGAUAUUACAAUUUCUACCAAU